CUUUACUGAUGGCUAAACGAGGAAUGUGAAAAUGGGAAAUCAAAAGAAAUUUAAAUAAUUUAAUUUUAUGUAUAAAAUAGGUACUUUAAUUUGAACAAAAUCGUUAGAUAUUUUGUAACGAUCGAAUCGUAGGUUAAGAAGGAACAGUGUACGUAAGUUUGUAUUUGGCCAGACCGACUAGUGUUCAUUGAUUAGACCACCUUUAUUUCGAUCUGACUACGGCAUAUUUCUUACUAUAAUGCCAGCUAUACAAAUGGCGCUUUCGCGGAACUAUCCAAACCCAAAAUUAUUGCGGAAUUUAAUGUGUUACUUGCAUAGAAGCAAAAGCAGCUUGAGGUUAUGGGAAGAAGAUGUCAAUACUGAAAUUAAAUUAAAAAUAGAAAAACAUUGGUCAAAUGUUGUUUUAAAUCAACCUUCCAACAAUUUUAAGAAGAAGACUCACUAUAUCCUUCCUAUGUUCCCAUAUCCAUCAGGAAACUUGCACAUGGGACAUGUACGUGUAUACUCUAUAUCAGAUACUUUAGCGAGAUUCCAGCAAUUGAAUGGCAAGAAUUGCAUUCACCCUAUUGGUUGGGAUGCGUUUGGUUUACCAGCAGAGAAUGCAGCUAUAGAACGAAAUAUCCCACCACAUACAUGGACAGAAACAAAUAUAAAUUCAAUGAAAACUCAACUACAGCAACUGGGAUUUAAUUUCAACUGGGAAAGAGAAAUAUCAACCUGUGACCCCAGCUAUUAUAAAUGGACCCAAUUUAUAUUUUUAAAGUUAUUUGAAAAGGGCUUGGCAUACCAAAGUAAAGAACAAGUGAAUUGGGAUCCAGUUGAUAAAACUGUUUUAGCAGAUGAACAAGUAGAUGACCUUGGUUGUUCAUGGAGAUCUGGAGCUAAAGUUGAAAAGAAGUACCUAACACAGUGGUUUAUUAAAACAACAAAGUUUGCCAAAGACUUGUUUGAUGGACUUGAUAGUGAAGAGUUAGAAAAUUGGAAAGAUAUCAUAAAUUUACAAAAGCAUUGGAUUGGAGAAUGUGAUGGAGUAUCAGUUACUUUUAAAUUGUCUGUAAAUAAUCAAGUUAAAACCUUUGAUGUAUGGACUUCUGAACCAUAUAAAUUUAUUCAUGGAAAUUUCUUAACCAUGAGUCCUAGGCAUCCAUUGAUCCAUGAAUUGAAAUGCCAUAUGAGUAAUUCACUUACUUGUCAUAACCCUGUAACAAACCGUGAUCUGCCAAUUUAUAUCACUGAUGAUGCUAUAUACCCAAUAGGAAAGGAUGUAUCAAUUGCAUGUUCUAUAUUUGACACUGAUGAUAAUAACACCGCUGUAUCACUAAAUAUACCUGUUAGCAAUGAGCAAUAUGAAAUUAAUGUUGACGGUGAAAACCAAAAAGCCAUAAAUAUAGCUAUUAAUAAAAAUGUAGGAGGUCAUUUUGUUAGCUCAAAAUUAAAAGACUGGCUUAUAUCUAGACAGAGGUAUUGGGGGACCCCUAUUCCAAUUGUUCACUGUGAGAAGUGUGGUGUAGUUCCUGUUCCAUAUGAAGAACUUCCAGUACAGUUACCAAAAUCUGAUUCUCAUAAGAGUGGUAUACAAACACUAGACAAAAUAGAUGAAUGGGUCAAUUGCAAAUGUCCUAAAUGUCAGUCCAAUGCCAGAAGAGAAACUGAUACUAUGGAUACAUUUGUAGACUCUUCUUGGUAUUACUAUCGUUUUUUGGAUCCAGCUAAUCAGGAAAUGCCAUUUUCGGUAGAAAAUGUUCGUAAUCAAAUGCCUGUCGAUAUUUAUAUUGGAGGCAAGGAACAUGCAGUUUUGCAUUUAUACUAUGCAAGGUUUAUGAGUUAUUUCUUCAAUUCACUUGGAUGGACUCCAAAGAAAGAACCAUUUAAGAAACUUGUAGUACAGGGCAUGGUUAUGGGACAAUCUUAUAAAUUAAAAACUUCAGGUAAAUACGUACCGCCUGAACAAGUUGAAAAGGUUGGAAAUGAAUAUAAAGAAAUCAGUACUGGUGAACUUGUCUUAACCCAAUGGGAAAAGAUGAGUAAAUCUAAAUACAAUGGGGAAAACCCUGAAAGACUGUUGUCAACGUAUGGAUGCGAUACAACUCGACUUCUUAUUCUAGCUGAUGUUCCGCCAGCUACGCCUCGGCGCUGGUCAGAUGCGACGCUACCUGGAGUACUAAACUGGCAACAUCGCUUGUGGAUGACUAUAAGGGAGUUUUUAAAGCACCGGAAUAAUAACGUUGCUCAUUCAAUAACAUCGGAAGAGUUUAAUAAAUAUGAAAGAAAAAUUUGGGAAUCAAGAAAUUAUUUUAUAGCAACCACAACCUAUCAUUAUAAGUACACACAAAAGCUCAGUGUUGGUAUAUCGAGAUUACAGAGUUUAACCAGUGUUUUACGGAACAAAAUACCACCAGAAGUUGUAGCUAAAAGCAAAGAAUUUGAAAGAGCGUUAUCUGAUUUAAUUAUAAUGUUGGCGCCAGUGACUCCACACUUCUGCUCUGAAUUGUGGGCAGGUUUCUUGUUGGCACCUAACAGAAUAUGCGACUCGCAAAAUAUUAUUGAUUGGAGCAAGACUGUCCUUGAGCAGAAGUGGCCCAAGGUUGAUGAUGAUUUUGAACUAUCAUUUUUAUGUAAAGUUGACGGAGCGGACCGAUGUGAACUUAAAAUAAAAGCUCGUGAUCUAUCAAAUCUCAGCCACGAAAAGGCGUUACAAAUUAUGCUUAACGAAGAUUCUGUUAAAAAAAGACUAAAAACGGACAUACACAGAACAAAAUUUGAACUGUAUCCUGACUGUCGUGCGAUAUUACACAUUUUCCCGAAAAAGAAACAAAAGGUUGCGCAAGUAGACGAAGGAGUAGCUUAGUAAGUAGUCAUUUAAGGUUAGAAAUAAAUGAAAUUUAGAACUGCUACUUAAUAUCUGAUUGGAAAAAGGGCUUAAUGGUCCAGUCAUGAACUAUUCAAUUCUGUCAUAGAUAUAAAUCUUAAUAAACUCUUUGAAAUGGCAA